AUGGCGUCCUCCCGCAUCCCGCCGCCGUCGGCGGCGGCGAAGCUCCUGGAGCUUGACCUCACCGUCGUGAGCGCCAAGCACCUCAAGAACGUCAACUGGCGGAGCGGCGACCUCAAGCCGUACGCCAUCUUCUGGGUGGACCCGGACCGCCGCCUCGCCACCCGGCCCGACGACGCCGGCUCGACCCGCCCCGUCUGGAACGAGCAGUUCUCGAUCCCGCUCCCCUUCCCGGCCCUCCCGCUGCCGGACUCCGCCGCCCUCACCCUCGAGCUCCUCCGCCCCUCCGGCCGCCCCCACGGCAAGAUCCGGAUCAAGCUCGCCCUCCACGAGCGCCCCGCCCCACCCCCGCCGCCUCCGCCGCCGCAGCCCGAGUACCUCGUCCCGCCUCCGCCGACUCCGCCGUCGGGGUAUUACUACGGGACCCCCCCUCCUCCGGCCCCUUCGCGCUCCGCGAAUCUGCCCCCGCCGCCGGCCCCGGUCGCUGUGGCGAGGGCCGUGACGAUGCCCCCGCCGCCGCCUGCUACGGUACGUGAGUACAGACAGUAUUCUGUUCCGGCCUAUGCGGCGGCCCCUCCGCCACCGGGCCCGGCUCAGUCGCCGCCUGCUUAUUCGUACUCGUACUCGGAUGCCUAUUCUGGGUACUAUCCGGGGUACUACUCGUCUGCGCCUCCGCCCCCUCCGCCGCGGCCGUUCUAUGAUCGGGGCUCGGGUUAUGGCGGGCCUAGCAGUGGCCCGUCCGCACCUGUCGAUUACACGACGGCAUAUGAGAAACAGAGAAGUGGGAAGAUGGGGCUAGGGGCAGGAUUGGCUGUGGGAGCGGUUGCUGGAGCGCUGGGUGGGCUGGCAUUGGAAGAGGGGUUGAACUACGAGGAAGAGAAGAUCGCUGACAGGGUUGAGAGUGACUUGGCUGCAAGGGAUGAUUAUAGUGAGUAUCGCGCGGAUUACUGA